AUGCUUAAAGCUAAUAAUUUCAAUACUAGAAUAGCCAAAACGACGAAACUUGGGAAAAUCCAAAUUCGAAGUAAUAGCAAUGGUGUGAACAAUUCGAAUUCGUCGAUCCACACACAUACUAUCAAAACACCAGUUGGAAUCAAGGCAGCGAUUGCAUCCUUGAAGCCUAAGACCACUAGAUUAUCGAUUGAGGGUCCAAUAGAAUGCGAUUUGCAGGGAUUUGCCCUUUUGAAUGCUCCUGGGUUCAAUAAAGGAUCGGCGUUUAGCAAAGAAGAAAGACAGGCAUUUGGAUUGGAAGGGUUAUUGCCGUCAAGAAUAAACUCGUUGGACGAACAAGUAGAAAGAGCUUACAGACAGUUCUCUUACUUGAAGACUCCGUUAGCAAAAAAUGACUUCUGUACCUCUAUGAGGAUCCAAAAUAAGGUCUUAUAUUAUGAAUUGGUAAGACGCCAUAUUAGGGAAAUGAUCCCUAUUAUCUACACACCAACCGAAGGUGAUGCCAUUGCUGCUUAUUCGCAUAGAUUUAGGAAGCCAGAAGGUUGCUUUUUGGAUAUCACCGAGCCAGAUAUGAUCGAUAAAAGAUUAUCGGCGUUUGGGGAAGACAAAGAUAUUGAUUAUAUAGUUGUCUCUGAUGGUGAGGGUAUUUUAGGUAUUGGUGAUCAAGGAGUCGGUGGCGUUAGAAUUGCCAUUGCCAAAUUGGGAUUAAUGACCUUGUGUGGUGGUGUCCAUCCAGGUAGAGUAUUACCAAUUGUUCUUGAUGUGGGUACUAAUAACCAAGAAUUGCUCCAUGACGAAUUAUACAUGGGCAACAAAUUUCCAAGAGUUCGUGGUAAAGAAUACUGGGAUUUCAUAGAUAAAUUCAUUAAUGCUGUUAAGCAAAGAUUUCCAAAUGCUGUUUUGCAUUAUGAAGACUUUGGUGUUUCAACUGGUAGAAAAAUGUUGCAAAAAUAUAGAGAAUCAUUACCUUCUUUUAACGAUGACAUUCAAGGUACUGGUGCUGUUGUUAUGGCUUCCAUGACUGCUGCUUUACAAUUUUCUGACAGAAAUUUAUUAGAUUCAAAGGUUUUAAUUUAUGGUGCGGGUUCUGCAGGUUUAGGUAUCGCUGACCAAAUUGUAAAUCAUAUGGUUAGUCAUGGUGCUACAGAAGAACAAGCAGUAGCAUCCAUUCAUUGCAUGGACCGUCGUGGUUUACUUUUGAAAUCAUUCGAUGAAAUGUCAGACGCACAAACCAAGUAUGCUGAUGUAGAUAGUGAAUGGGAAGGAGUAGACACAAGAAAUUUGGUAGAAGUAAUAAGACAUGUCAAGCCUACAGUUUUGGUUGGAUGUUCAACUCAGGCUGGGGCAUUUACAGAGCAAGUUAUUAAGGAAAUGUAUAAUCACAACAAACAACCAAUUGUUUUCCCAUUAUCAAAUCCAACAAGAUUGCAUGAAGCUUUCCCUAUAGACAUUAUGAAAUGGACGGAUAACAAGGCAUUAAUUGCUACCGGUUCGCCAUUUGAGCCUGUUAACGGGUUUGCUAUUUCUGAGAACAAUAACUGUUUUACUUUCCCAGGUAUUGGAUUGGGUGCUGUAUUGUCAAGAUGUACAACAAUCUCAGAUACUAUGGUAUCAGCAGCAGUAGACCAGUUAGCCCUGUUAUCUCCAAAAAUGGAAAACCCUAAGAAUGGCUUAUUGCCAAGAUUGGAACAAAUCGAUGAGGUGAGUGCUAAGGUUGCUACCGCCGUUAUUUUACAAUCAUUAAAAGAAGGUACGGCAAGAGUUGAAAGCGAAGAAAAACCUGAUGGUGGGUUUGUCGAAGUACCAAAAGACUUUAAUAAGUGCUUAAAGUGGGUUCAAUCGCAAAUGUGGAAACCAAUUUAUAGGCCAUUGGUUAAAGUCAAGCAUGUUCCAGAAGUUCAUACAUAUCAACACUAG